GCAGAAUGGCUCCUGCAAAGAGGGGCAGAGAGAAGGAGAGACGCUCGGCCAUCAACAAGGUGGUGACAUGUGAGUUCAAUAUCCACAAGUGCAUCCACAGCAUGGGCUUCAAGAAACGUGCUCCUCGGGCACUCAGAGAGAUCCAGAGAUUUGCCAUGAAAGAGAUGGGCACUCCAGAUGUGCGCGUUGACACCAGGCUCAACAAAGCUGUCUGGGCCAAAGGAAUAAGGAAUGUCCCCUACUGCAUCCCGGUACGGUUGUCCAGAAAACACAAUGCAAAUGAAGAUUCACUAAACAAGCUGUAUACACUGGUUACCACUUUCAAAAAUCUACAGACAGUCAAUGUGGAUGAGAACGAAAUAUUAAUUGUCAAAUAA